AUGGCUACAGUCUCUGGGGGAAGGCGGAGAGAGAGGGAUGGGCCCUCGGGCAAGGAGAAGGCUGGCAGGAGACCUAGGCUUCCUGCUCUGUCGGCCCCUGCCCUUAAUUUGACUUCUGUGUCUCUCUCUCCAGGCCCUCGGACCUCCAUGCUCCUGGCUUUCACCCUGCUCUGCCUGCCCUGGCCUCAGGCAGUGGACGCCUUCCCCACCAUGCCCUUAUCCAGCCUGUUUGCCAACGCUGUUCUCCGGGCCCAGCACCUGCACCAACUGGCUGCUGACACCUACAAGGAGUUUGAGCGAGCGUACAUCCCGGAGGGACAGAGAUAUUCGAUCCAGAACGCCCAGGCUGCCUUCUGCUUCUCGGAAACCAUCCCAGCCCCCACGGGCAAGGACGAGGCCCAGCAGAGAUCCGACAUGGAGCUGCUCCGCUUCUCGCUGCUGCUCAUCCAGUCCUGGCUCGGGCCGGUGCAAUUCCUCAGCAGGGUCUUCACCAACAGCCUGGUGUUUGGCACCUCAGACCGCGUCUAUGAAAAGCUGAAGGACCUGGAGGAAGGCAUCCAAGCCCUGAUGCGGGAGCUGGAGGAUGGCAGUCCUCGGGCUGGGCAGAUCCUCAAGCAAACCUAUGACAAGUUUGACACAAACCUGCGUAGUGAUGAUGCACUCCUCAAGAACUACGGGCUGCUCUCUUGCUUCAAGAAGGACUUGCACAAGGCUGAGACAUACCUGCGGGUCAUGAAGUGUCGCCGCUUCGUGGAAAGCAGCUGUCCCUUCUAG